AUGAUAAAUGAAACAGAAUCAAUUGGUGAGGCAUGUGAAAAAAUUGUUGGUGAGGGAAAUAGUCAAAUACUUAGUUUAGGAUCUAUUUUAAUGUUAGAUGAAAAUAUAGGAUUGGAUGAAUUUAUUUCUACAGAGAAAUGUUCUCCCAAAGAAAAUUGUCAUGAAUGUUCUCUACCUAUUGAUGAUAAAUAUUACUUAAUUAUGGAUAAUCAUUGUUUCCAUAUGCAAUGCCUUAAAUGUAGUGUUUGUUUUUGUAAUUUAGCUGGCAUAGAUACAUGUUUUACAAGGGAUGGAUUAAUAUACUGUAGAAAAGAUUAUAUGUCAAAAUAUUUUAAACAAUGUGAUAGAUGUAACAAGACAAUUGUAUUUGAUGACCUUAUAAUGAAAGUUAAUGAUGAUACAUAUUUUCACGCUACCUGUUUUAGUUGUAUUGUAUGCUUUAGAUAUUUACAACCGGGUGAAUGUUUUAAAUAUGUAGGGUCAGGACAGCUGUUUUGUCAAAUACAUUGUUAUCAACAAAAAAUUGAAAAUUGCGUAAUACCACAAUUACUUGACUCAAUAGUUGGAAAUAAUAUGCAAGCAUCUCCAACUGAGUUUCUUCCAAUAACACAUCCUUUUACAGAAAGAAGUAUCAAUAGAAACUUGGAAGAACAGUCUUUUGAUGAUGGAGAUAGCGGAAGCAUUGAUGGUGGUUGUAAAUCAAAACGUAUGAGAACAAGUUUCAAACAUCAUCAGUUAAGAACCAUGAAAGCUUAUUUUAAUUUAAAUCAUAACCCAGAUUCUAAAGAUUUAAAAGCGUUAGCACAAAAAACAGGACUAACUAAAAGAGUUUUACAAGUUUGGUUUCAAAAUGCUAGAGCAAAACAUAGACGUACAAAUGCCAGUAUUAAUGAUUCAUUUUUUCAUGCUACUAUAGCAAGUCGAAGUUCAACACCAUCAAGCUUAAGUACUAUAAAUUCAAAUGAUGUUUCAGGUAUAAUAAAAGAAACACUUUGUACCUCAAAUUCAUCCUUUUCAACAACAUCAUCAAUUAAUUCAAGAAAUAAUUCAAAAUCACCAAGUAUUAUUCCAACAGUAGAAUUAAAAAAUUGUUAA